GAGUGGACGAGCACGGACAAUCCCUGGCCACAGCCUUUUGAGUGUCAUGUAGACUAGUCCCUCACUAUCCCCUUUUUGUUCCAUUCAAUGCCUGCCACCCUCCCUCCUUGCUGCCCCACCCCGUGGCCUCUCUGCUUUGGACUUGGGGGGUGGGGGGUUGCUCCCUCUAUAAAACCCCUGUUUGUGCACUGAGCGAUCUUAUUCCCCCAGCAUGGAGAGCCAGAGAGUCCAGUCCUCGUACAGGAAACGUUUUGGGCCUCAGGGCAGCUCAGGCCCCAGAAUUGGAAACCUGUCUUCCAACCGCCUCUCCUGGCAUGGCACCCCCCGAACCAUCACCCACUCCAGCCCCAUAUCCAGGAUCUCCCUGGGCUCUGCCAGCACGGCCCUGCUGCUGGGAAGUCCCGGGGACCGGUUGGACUUCUCAGCCGACUCCUUGAUGAAGGCACAUUAUAAAGAAACGCGCACAAAUGAGAAGAUGGAGAUGAUGGGCCUGAACGACCGCUUUGCCAGCUACAUAGAGAAGGUGCGCUUGCUGGAGCAGCAGAACAAGAUGCUGGUGGUUGAGCUAAACCAGCUCAAGGUGAAGGAGCCCAGCAGACUGGGAGACAUCUACCAGGAUGAGCUCAGGGAGCUUCGGAGACAGGUGGAUGGCCUCACCAAUGGCAAGGCUCGGCUGGAGGUCGAGAGGGACAACCUCACUGCAGAUCUGGCCACACUGAAGGAGAGACUGCAAGAUGAGAUGGCUCUACGACAGGAAGCAGAGAACAGUUUGAAUACAUUCAGACAGGAUGUGGAUGAGGCAGCUCUCAAUCGAGUCCAGCUGGAGAGAAAGAUUGAAGCCCUGCAGGACGAGAUCAAAUUCCUGAGGAAAAUUCAUGAGGAGGAGCUGCGUGAGUUACAGGAUCAGAUUGUGGCCCAGCAGGUUCAUGUUGAUCUGGAUGUGUCUAAACCAGACUUAACUGCUGCUCUGAGAGACAUCAGAGUUCAGUAUGAGAAUAUGGCGACUUCCAACAUGCAUGAAACAGAGGAGUGGUACCGAUCCAAGUUUGCUGACCUGACAGAUGCAGCCAAUCGAAAUGCAGAAGCACUGCGCCAAGCCAAGCAAGACGCCAACGAAUAUCGCCGUCAGGUCCAAGCUUUGACCUGUGACCUGGAUGCUCUUCGUGGCACAAAUGAGUCUCUGGAACGCCAGUUUCGGGAAAUGGAGGACCGCUGUGCCAUGGAGACCGCUGGGUACCAGGAUACGGUGAGCCGUCUGGAGGAGGAGAUUCAGGCCUUGAAAGAAGAGAUGGCUAGGCAUCUGCAGGAGUACCAGGAUCUUCUCAAUGUCAAACUGGCUCUAGAUAUUGAGAUAGCCACCUACAGGAAACUGCUGGAGGGAGAGGAGAGCAGGAUCACCAUUCCAGUUCAGAGCUUUGCCAACCUGCAGUUUAGAGAAACUAAUUUGGAUACUAAAACCCCAGAGGCCCAUGUUAAGAGGAGCAUCCUGGUUCGAACUGUAGAGACCAGAGAUGGGGAGAUCAUUAAGGAAUCAACCACUGAGCACAAAGACCUUCCCUGAAUUAUUAAGUCCAGUCUUCCCAUUAUGUCCUCAAACAUGUUCUGAGGCUUCUGAAUGAAUUUUUCCUUUAUUUUCAUUUCAAACCUCAAAGCUGCCUCUAUUCCUAUCGGACCUUCCCCCUCAUCUUUCCAUUACGAACUGUUUUCUAAUCAAUUAACCUGCCUCAUAACACAUUACCAAAUAAUAUACUUUAAGACUAAAAUGUCAAUUUUAAGGUUGAGGCAGUCAUCCCAACCUGUAACUAAUUCUAAUAGUUGUACAAGUUUAUUGUAGCUGACCAGAUUUGUUGCAUUGAUUCCAGUUAUCUAUCAUAGAAGAGGGCCUGAAAUGUAGUGAUUGUGUUCAUGUAAUAUGUAGCAUUGUGGAGGCUGACGUGUGGUUACGUGUAUGUGAAAUGUGGCGGGCAGGAGGGAAUUAUUGGUUUGUAAACUCAGAAAUUAGAUUUAGGUAAGGAAUGGGAGAUAGCAGCUUUUGACAGAAUUAUAGCUGAAUCCCAGAAGUUUGCUUCUACAGUUUGUCGGGUGCUAUUUUUUAUUUCCUUCAGAUACUUCAUCCACUUCUCUUACUUAAAGUCCUGCUCAUCUGAACAGUGUUUUUUUUUAACGUCUAACAAAAUAAGACAGGAGCAGAUUAAUUCCUUUUUUUUUUUUUUGUAAAGAUUUGUGCAAAGUUAUGCAUCCUGGAAUGGUAAUGAAGUUUCUGCACUUUUUCCUUAAGCAGUUUGCAUUGUCUGGUGUUUGGCACUGAAGCAGAGUGACUCCUAACAGUGUUUCAGUGUGAAUAAUCCUAAAUAUCACCAGUCAAAAGGGACAGUCUCUUUUAAUCAGUCAGAGGAGUUAAAAAUAAACCUCCUCUUCUCUGCAUCAAGCAUUCAUGAAUGCUUCCUGAUAAAGACUACAAUUUUUGUCACCCCAAAGUGCCAGGACAGGCCUCCCAUUUUGCAGACAAGAUAAAGACGGACAGGAGUAAAAUGUGUGGAAGCUAAUGCAACCUUUGCCCUUGGGCGACUAUACAGGUGUUUCUGCUCACAAAUCGAUAGCCAGUUUUUGUAGUGUUAGCCAGAUAGUGGCUGCUGAUGCAGAGCCAGAGCAGAGCAGCAGAGCUCUGGCUCUAAUUUGUUUUUAGUUUUAGUUUUGAAGGAGAUGAUGUUGGAGUUAGAAAGAUAGAGGCACAUCAGAGCUCAAACAGUCAUCCAGUCCCUGGUUUUUGUUAGAAAACUCUGACUGAAACAUGCUGACAGGCGCUGCCACUAACGAGAAUGAAGAGCCAGGUCUGUCCAUGCUUGUCACCAAGGACACCUUUUGAUUCAUGCCUCCAACUUUGUAGCCUCCCUAACUUCCAGCAUUGUUGCCUUUUCUUUCUAACACACUUUGAUGAAUUGUCUGUCCUUAGUUUUGUUUUUCAAUUGUUGUUUCUAUUAUUUUUUUAGGAUAUGUUUGCAGAUGUGACAAUAAAUUUAGUUCUGCCCAAUUUUAACAAUAAAAGAUUUUCUUUUCUUGAAA